UCGGACCAUACCCAACCAUAUCACAGAACACUAGUUAGGGUGUUCUGUACGUUUAACAUAUGGAGCCACAGAUUAAAUCUGUGAUGGAACUUAGAAAUUAAGAGUGCAUGGAAAACGCGAGUAAUUUUUGUUCAACUUGCUUUUGAACGUUUUUUAAUAUUUCCUUGGAAAUUUGAAAUAAAAUUUAUUGAACAUGAGUACUAUAUUAGACAAAAUAGCGGCUAUCGAGUCUGAGAUGGCCAGGACUCAAAAAAAUAAGGCAACUGCUGGCCACUUGGGGUUGCUUAAAGCAAGAUUAGCUAAAUUAAGACGCGAAUUAAUUACUCCCAAAGGAGGCGGUGGAGGCACAGGAGAAGGGUUUGAUGUAGCUAAAACCGGUGAUGCAAGAGUGGGUUUCGUCGGUUUUCCAUCUGUAGGAAAGUCUACAUUGCUGAGUAACUUAGCUGGUGUAUACUCUGAAGUAGCAGCAUAUGAAUUCACGACUUUAACUACCGUACCUGGGUGUAUUAAAUACAAAGGAGCUAAAAUUCAGUUAUUGGAUUUGCCUGGAAUUAUUGAGGGUGCUAAAGAUGGUAAAGGAAGAGGAAGACAAGUUAUAGCAGUUGCUAGAACUUGCAGUUUAAUUUUUCUUUGUCUAGAUGUUUUGAAGCCAUUACACCAUAAAAAGCUCAUUGAACAUGAAUUGGAAGGAUUUGGAUUGAGACUCAAUAAAAAACCACCCAAUAUUUACUUCAAGAAGAAAGAUAAAGGCGGAGUUAACUUGAAUUGCAUGGUUCCUCAAUCUGAACUAGACUCAGAUACUGUGAAAACAAUUCUCUCUGAAUAUAAAAUUCAUAAUGCAGACGUUACAUUGAAAUAUGAUGCUACAAGUGAUGAUCUCAUUGAUGUUAUUGAAGGAAAUCGAAUUUAUGUACCUUGCAUUUAUAUUCUGAACAAGAUUGAUCAAAUAAGUAUUGAAGAAUUGGAUGUCAUUUAUAAAAUACCACACUGUGUACCGAUUUCUGCUCACCAUCGAUGGAACUUUGAUGAUCUUUUAGAAAAAAUGUGGGAAUAUUUGAAAUUAGUACGAAUAUACACCAAACCAAAAGGGCAACUACCAGAUUACAAUUCACCAAUCGUUUUGCAUGCUGAUCACAUAUCUGUUGAAGAUUUUUGUAACAAACUUCACAGGAGUAUAGCUAAAGAAUUCAAAUAUGCCUUGGUGUGGGGAUCAUCUGUAAAGCAUCAACCGCAAAAAGUUGGUUUGGAACAUAUUCUGUGCGAUGAAGAUGUUGUACAGAUCGUUAAGAAAGUUUGAGAAAGUUCUGAUGACUUGACUGUAAAAUAUGCAGAUCAUAUGGUUGCAAAACUAUCACUUAUAUUUUUAAAUAUGAAAAAUGAUUCUUGAAAGGAUGAAAAUAGUAACAAUUCACUUUUUGGGAGAAGUGUAUCUAUUAAUUACUUAUAUUCAACAAAUAUUUUUUGAAUAAUUUUUACGCUAUUUCAUUUGGAACUGUAUGCAACUGUAUAAUUAUAAGUUUUGGGAAAUAUUUUCUGCACGGAGGAAAUGACAUGAAAUAAUGAUGUUAAUUACUUUUAAGAAUAAAUUGAAAAGUUCUCUUUU